AUGGCGGUGAGCUGUUUCACAAGAAUGUGUUUACGUAAACCGAUCCAAUUUCAAAUUUUCUACCAAUAUUAUAAGGCUUCUAACUACAAGAACUCCGAAAUCCAGUAGAAAAUUUCGGCAACUUCAAAUCACAUUUUUUGAGUUUGUUUGACUCGAACUUAUCAAACUGAAACUAUCAUAAGUUUUUAACCUUUAUCAGACGUUUAAGCUUUUCGAUGCUUUAUAACAAAACUACAGUUUGCUCACACAAACUAAUUUCAUCCCACACUUUGCUGUUUCAGUUAGCAGGCGUAUAAAAUAAGACGGCAUCGUUCAUCUGUGUCUGUAUAUUUCCAUUAAUAAUGUAGGCGGGAAAAAGGUGAUCAACCUAUACAUAGGGCCUUUCUUGAGAUGGGUCACGUGACUAUUAAAACCUGUUCUGCAGCUCGGGUAUUCCGCCCGCGGCUCGAGUUCUACUAAGUUGUUUUGAGGAGAAGGGUCUUCUUUCUGGACGUUUCUAGUCAGAGAACGAACAAUGUUUAGAACAAAUGUAGAGCACACCAAACCGUCCUGUCACUCGGUGUCCCUAGUGGUCAACGGCACAGUAGUGGUACCCGAGAAGCAAGAACUGACCAACCGAAACAGUGAAGUCUGUCGUACACCGCUUAAGACAAGCAGUCAAGUGAAUCGAGCUCACGUGCACGUUCUGAAGAUCGAGAAUAACACCUCUAUGGAUACCUGCCCUGUUAAGAUACUGGACGUAAGGAACACGCCGUCCGUAGACUGCUGUCCUGGAACGUGCGACACACACGCGGACGAGAAAGUAUUAAUGGAGGAAAGCCAUGCUAAUACCCAGCUGUCCGGCAUCGAUAGGCGUUACCAUAGCAGUGAAACUAGCAGUGGAGCUAGCAGUGCUACGGGAAGUGAUAACGACUCGGACCACUGUUCUCUGUCCGAUGACAGCCACGAACACGACUCGGGAUUCGGUGACCAAAGCCAGUGGCAUCUAGGAGGAAAGUGUACAGAUGACCAUAACAGCGUAUUACGGUUUCAUCUGCACGAGCUGGAUCCCGGUCCCGAGCAGUCCAGCAAAAAGAGAGAAGACGAAGACGUUAAGGACUCUGCCAUUAUGUCGGUGUCGGGAACAGUGAGAGGCAUGAAGAACCGGGUUCGAACCAGUAUUUCCUGCCUAUUUCAGCCAUACGGAAAGAAAAAUUAUGCCCAGGAGGAGGCAGGACGGGUGGUUCUCUACACCACAACUAUGGGGAUCAUCAGAAAAACAUUUGAGGAGUGUCGGCGUGUCCGGAACAUUCUCCAGACCAUGCUAGUAAAGUUCGAAGAGCGGGACGUCUUCAUGAAUCGGACACAUCAGAGAGAACUUUUGGAACGGUUAGGAGCCAGUUCAGUGCAGGUCCCGCAGAUUUUUGUGGGAGGAAGUUGGUUUGCGAAUGCUGAAAUCAUGGAGAGGCUAAAUGAAUCAGGAGACUUAAGACAGUUUCUUCGUCCAUACAAACGUGUGUCUGUUGGGGGAGUAUGUCAACAGUGUGGGGGAUUUCGUUACCUUCCAUGCCCUCUAUGUGGGGGUAGCAAGAAAUCAGCAAAUCACAGGCAUCACUUUAACAUCGGUUAUGUCGCUCUUCGAUGUAUGAACUGUGAUGAAAGUGGCCUUAUUAGAUGUGAUCACUGUCUCCAUGGUGAUGGAUGAACCAUACUGUAUGAUGAUAAUCAGUCUUUAGAUCAAAUAACACCGAUCUUCGAUCGAUAAUUGACAAAUCGAAUCAGAAAUGUUAGCUUUAUAAACCCAGUAAUUAUAAUUAAGUUUUCAGUAAAUAUGUAAAAUGUGCACAUACUGUACAGAGAGUUUAUUAACCUUUUCUCAAUAACCGUUUGUAGAGAUGUAUUUCUUUACCACUAAUCUCCUUGUUGAAACUCGUGUAACACCAUCCAGGAGUUUUGUAAAUAGUUAACAAAUAAAGCUUGGUGUUAUAAAAUA